AUGGCGUCUCUUUCAGCUUUGUUCACCUCCAACCCCGCCGCGAUCUCCGCGAUUUCCGCUUCAGGAGGAGCCACGACCUCUCGUCGCCACUCCCGUUCGGCCCCAGCUCCUUUCCUGACAAGCUCCGCUCUCGCUCGCCGUCGUACCAUCACGACCGAUCUCAACCGAUCAGGCUUCUCUUCAGGGCGCGGCGUGCAUGCUCCCAGCCCGAGGAGACCGGGCACCCCGUACCCCUCUCUGCUGGAAACCAGAAACAAGAACAGAAGAAACGACUUGAGCUAUGGCUCCAGUUCCCGACUGCUGCUGCUUUCUGCUGCUUCUGCUGGUGAUGCCGGUGGUGGUGGUGGUGCUGGUGGUGGUGUUGAUGGUGGCAACAGGGGAGGAACAGGAGAGAGUGAAGGAGCAACGGGAGAGUUGGAGGCGGUUGGGGUGUUGAUAGAGAGUGGAACGAUUGGGGAGCAGGAAGCAGCAGAGGUGCUUCCUGUUGCAUCGGAUCAACCCAAUCAACGGCUCACAGCCCAUCUGGACUUGAGUGAGGUGAAGCGGCAGCUGCAACGGUCGAACGAGCGGACAGCAGAGAACCUGAAGCACCUGAGAAAUCGCCUGCACGCGUCCAACGAGUGGACGGCGAAGCACCUGAAAAUCUCAAACCAACAGACCAGGGAGAGCCUGAAGCACCUGAAAACUCGCCUGAAUGCGUCCAACGAGUGGACAAUAAGCCACCUCAAAAGGGGACAUCAGUGGACGUCUGAGCACCUGAGAGAAUCAAAUCAAAGGACACGAGAGCACAUGCAGCAUCUGGCUGAUUCUGACCACCUGCGGCAGCACCUGCCUCAUCUGGAGCACCUGAAGCACCUGAAGGGGCAUCUGAACUUGGGGGCGCUGAAAGCAAGGCUGGACGCGUCCAACGCCAAGACGAGGGCGCAGCUGAGGCACCUGGGAGUCAACCUGGAGCACCUGGAGGGGCACCUGGACGUGGGGGCGCUGAAAGCAAGUGUGAAGGAGAGGGCAGCAGGAGGAGCAGACGGCGGGCACGUCUCCAGGGCUGCAAGCAGUGCGAACAACAGAAGCACUGCAACCAAGAGCCCUCCUGUGCGCAAUCCGUAUCUGAGUGGCAACUUCCGUCCAGUGGGCAACGAGGUGCUUCAGGAGCUGGACUGCGCUGUGAUAGGUCAAAUCCCCCGGGGUUUGCGGGGUAGAUUCAUCCGCAACGGCCCCAACCCACAGCUGCCUCCCUCCAGCCCUGAGCUCUACCACUGGUUCGACGGGGACGGCAUGGUACAUUCAGUGAACUUUCACCCCCCUGAGGAGAACUUUCAGUGUCACCCUCGUGAAGCCCGUGAGGAGAUUUUUCACUCCUCGCGAGUGAGCUACGGGCGGCGCUACAUCCGGACGACAGGCUGGCAGGAGGAGCGGGCGGCGGGGCGGGCGCUUUUUGGAGGGUUGCAGCAGGUGGGCCUGGGGGCGAAUCAUCUGCUGCUGGCUGCGAUGAACCUUCUCGGGCUGAGACAGCAGGACGCACCCAUGUGGAACAUGACCAAGAACGUGUCCAACAACCAUUUCAUUCAGCACGCCGGGCGCCUCCUCUCCCUCUGGGAAGCAGGCCUGCCUUACUCCCUCGACCCCUCAACCCUUGACACCAAGGGCGUCCACUCGUUUGAUGACAUGUGGCGCAGCGGCAUGACAGCUCACCCGAAAGUGGAUCCGGUUACCAACCACAUGAUGAUCUACGGUUACAACCUCACGCACAAGCCAUAUCUCCGCUACGGGGUGGUUGACCCCUCUGGCUCCCUCGUUCACGCCACUGACCUCGACCUGCCACAUCCUGUCAUGAUGCAUGACUUCGCCAUAACACAGCACCACAGCAUAUUCCUUGACUUCCCGCUUCGCUUCCAGCUAGACAAAGUCAUUCAGUCGCACGGCAAGGCCAAGCCCUUCGUCUUCGACCCGUCCAAGCCAUCCCGCAUUGGAGUGCUUCCCCGCUUUGGCUCUAAUCCCGACAUGCGCUGGUUCACUGUGGACCCAGGGUUCUGUCUUCAUGUGGUUAACGCAUUUGAAGAACCCCCCCCCCCCACCUCCUCCUCCCCCUCUCCCUCCUCCUCCUCGUCCUCCCCCUCCUCCUCCACCCCGGACUCUCCUCCUCCCGCCAUCAUCCUACGUGUCAUCCGCUUCCCCGCCUUCUCAGCGCUUGGCCUUGCUGAGCUGGCAGAUGAGCUGGCAUGUGAUGAGGUGGCGCGAUUGCACGAGUACAGGCUGGACCUCCAAUUGGGAGCAGUAGAGGAGCGCUCCUUGUGCAAGGUAUGUGUAACGUGUUUUGAGGUGUCUCAAAGGUGUGCUGCGACUUCCCCUCCAUCAACCCCAAUUUCCUCAGCCUUAUCCCUUCACCUUCCCCAUUUUGCCUUCCCCGUUUCGCCUCUCAUCCCUUCUUUCUCCCCAUCUGCACAGGUGUGCUGCGACUUCCCAUCCAUCAACCCCAAUUUCACGGGCCGCCCCCAUCGCUUCGCUUACUCUGCCCGAUUCACAGCACAGCCCGGCCCAGGUGAGGGUGAAGGGUGCAGAGGGAUGGAUCUGAGGGAUGUAGAGGGAUGGAGGUGGGUGGACAGGGAUGGUGAUGGUGGGCAGGGAGGGGGUUUGGUAGACUCAUCCCCCAUCGGUUCGUUUACUCUGCCCGAUUCACAGCACAGCCAGGCCCAGGUGAGCGGUGCAGAGGGAUGCUGGUGGGUGGCAGGGAUGCAGGUGGGUGGGCAGGGAUGCAGGUGGGUGGGCAGGGAUGCAGGCACCACCGUCCCCUCAUUCAACGCUAUAAUGAAGCAUGAUUUUCAGCAAGGCACGUACCAGGUGCAUACCCUCCCACCCGGGAGGUUCUGUGGGGAGCCUGUGUUUGCUCCACGGCACCACUUUCAGAGCAGCAGCAGGUCGCAGAGCGGUGAAGCGCGGUCAGAUGAAGUCGGAAUGGGUAGAGAUGUGGUGGGACUGGGUGCUGAUGCGGUUGGGAUGGGUGCAGAGGAGGAGGACGAUGGGUGGGUGUUGGCACAUGUAUGGGAUGAGGAGGAGAUGAGGAGCGAAGUGAUUGUGCUGGAUGCAAUGAAUCUGGACAAGCAGCCGCUGGCUCGGGUCAUUCUUCCCAAGAGAGUACCGUACGGCUUCCAUGGGACGUUUCUUCCUGACUGA